CCUCCCCUUCAGUACCUCUUAUGGCUUGGUGCAGGUGGGACACACUCCUCUUGUUUCCUCUUUUAUGGCCGAACUAGUGACUGCAGGAUUAAGUGGACAACGCGUGCAGGAGGAGGAUACAUGAAAUAACACCGAGCAGGGAGGAGACCGCGGAGAAACAUGUCCUUCCCAGCCAGCCACACCACCACCACCGCACCACCGCCGGAGAGCACAGCCGGCGGUGGCGAGCGGAAAAUCUUCAUCAACACCGCACAUCUCAGAACGUAUGAAGGGAGACUCAAGCUGGGCCAUCUGGUCAUCGCAGUGCUGGUGUUCAUCUCCGUCAUGGCCUCGGACUACCCUCGCACCAUGCCCGCCAAUUGGAUCUCUUUCGUCUCCAUGGGAUGUUUCUGGACAAGCGCUGUGUUGCUCUUCCUGUACCUGAUCAACGCUGUGGCCCUGCUGUCUGUCGUUCCCUGGGGAAUGCUGGAGCUUGGGUACAGCUGCCUCUGGACGUUCUUCUGGUUCGUGUCGGGCUGUGUGGCGUCAGACUUCGCCAGCCAAGGCGCGGGUGACGCCUUUGCAGUCGCUGCUUUCUUCAGCUUCCUGGCCAUGAUCAUUUUUGGCCUCAACGCCUUCCUGUUCUAUAAGAAGUGGAGGGAGGGAGCGCUGUCCACCACCCAGCCACCCCGCACCACCACCACCACCACCACGACAACCAGCAACACCUCAAACAUCGGUGGCGGGCCGGCUACCAUCACCACCACCAAUUCCGCAACCGUACAGAAAUAUUAGACCCUGAUUUGACUGUUGGUGUAAUUCUUCGGUUGUUUUGAUGUUGUAUAUUUUUUGCAUUUAACUUUUGGUGGUGGGCCCGCUACCACCACCAUCACCACCACCAUUUCCGCAACCGUACAGAAAUAUUAGACCCUGAUUUGACUUUUGGUGUAAUUCUUCGGUUGUUUUGAUUUUGUAUAUUUUUUUGCAUUUUCCUUUCUCUCUCUCUCUCUCUCUCUCUCUCUCUCUCUCUCUCUCUCUCUCUCUCUCUCUCUCUCUCUCUCUCUCUCUCUCUCUCUCUCUCUCUCUUUAUUUGUGUUUUUUUUGUGUUUUUGUCUUCGUUUUCAGAAUGUACGGAACCUGAUUUGAUAUUUCCGCUCCCUUGUCUUCAUUUUCUUCGCUGUUUAUUCUGCUAACUUUUUCUUCAUUUCCAUUUUUCUUCUUUGUUUUCCAUUGAUUUGUUCUUUCUUUUUUUUUUUCCUGGAUUCACAUAAUUUUUUUUCUUCUAUUUUCCUUUCUUCUUUUCUUCCUUGUGUGCCGUCAUCCGUUUUCUUCUUUUUCUUCCUAUCUUCAUUUAUUUUCUUCCUUGUCUUGUUAUCCUUUUUCUUCUUCCUUGUCUUCCAUUCUUCAUUUUCUUCCUUGUUUUGUUAUAAUUUUUCUUCUUCCUUGUCUUCCAUCCUUCAUUUUCUUCCUUGUUUUGUCAUCCUUUUUCUUCUACCUUGUCUUCCAUUCCUCCUCUGGCUGCCCUUCCCCUCGUGGUAGCACAGCAGCGAGGGUGUUGUUGUUGUUGUUGAGUAGCGUGGCAGCGUGGGUACUGUAUUGUUGUUCAAGUGGCGCGCGGGAAGAACUGAGCUCAGCUGUGUGGCCGCGGCGCCGUGUGAGUCCGGUUGCGGGAGACAUCUGGUGGACACUCCAUAAAAUAUCGCUGCUGUGCUACCACGAGGGGAAGGGCAGCCAGAGGAGGAACCACGAGAGGGAGAGGAGUCAGAGUGAUACAGUAGGCAAUAAAGGUACAAACCUACCUCUUGUUGGAUUUACAUUGUUUUUGAUUUACGCGACCUCUUCAAGGACACAAUACUCGCGUAAGUCGGGAGUUACCUGUACAAGAAGGGAGUGUAGUCAGGGGGUAUUGGACACUUCUUUGCCACGGUCAUCCCUCGGGAGCAUCACUGAGGUAGACAGACAGAACAAUCUCUCAUCAAUUCAACAUUCCACUAACAUUAUGUAUAGCCUGUAUUUUUAUAUGUCUUGACACCUCAGUUCACCUGUUUGACCGUGGACUGUUUUGUGACGCUGGUGACAGUCUUACGCGCCUUCUGCACAUUGAACGGGAAAAGCACCCAAGAAAACCCAGUCAUUCGUCUCUGUGGCCUAUGAAAAGUUGUAAUGCGAGCCUGACACGUUUAACCAGUGCGCUACGAUUGGCAUGGAUUUGGCCCUCACUGGUAGCCUGGUAACAUACACUCCCAGGUCUUUCUCUGCCUCUGUGGUGGAUAGUGGAGUGUUUCCCAUGUGGUAUUGGUGUGCUGGAUAUCCCUUCACUGGUAGCCUGGUAACAUACGCUCCCAGGUCUUUCUCUGCCUCUGUGGUGGAUAGUGGAGUGUUUCCCAUGUGGUAUUGGUGUGCUGGAUAUCCCUUCACUGGUAGCCUGGUAACAUACACUCCCAGGUCUUUCUCUGCCUCUGUGGUGGAUAGUGGAGUGUUUCCCAUGUGGUAUUGGUGUGCUGGAUAUCCCUUCACUGGUAGCCUGGUAACAUACACUCCCAGGUCUUUCUCUGCCUCUGUGGUGGAUAGUGGAGUGUUUCCCAUGUGGUAUUGGUGUGCUGGAUAUCCCUUCACUGGUAGCCUGGUAACAUACACUCCCAGGUCUUUCUCUGCCUCUAUGGUGGAUAGUGGAGUGUUUCCCAUGUGGUAUUGGUGUGCUGGAUAUCCCUUCACUGGUAGCCUGGUAACAUACACUCCCAGGUCCUUCUCUGCCUCUGUGGUGGAUGGUGGAGUGUUUCCCAUGUGGUAUUGGUGUGCUGGAUAUCCCCUCCCAAGGCGCAGGACUUUACAUUUUUCUUCAUUGAAUUGUAACAACCACUUUUUGUUCCAUUCCUGUAGCUUGGUGAGGUCUGACUGUAGGAAAUCUGCAGUUAAGGGGCUAAGAAUGUGGACCUACGCAAUUAUGUAACAAAAUAUUUAUUCCCAAGAUAUUCCCAAACAAGGUGUGAGGUAGAUAGAUUACUAAGUUAAUAAAUCAACAUUAAUUUGUAUAGAUUAUAUGCCAUAACCAAAGUUGGAAAGUUUGGUUUAGUGGGCGCAACAUCUGUGGUCAUAUGCCGGAGAGAGACAGGAGGGGAAGGAAUUAUAGGAGAAGGGAACAGACCCCAGGCGACGGGACACAACCCCCAAUUAAUACCUGGUACCCAUUCACUGCUGGAGGGCAGACAGGGGCGUAGGGUAUCGGAAAAGCCGCCCAAAUUUUUCCACUCCGCCUGGGAAUUGAACCCGGGCUCUCUUGCUUGUGAGCCGAGUGUGCUAACCACUGCACCAUGAAGCCCCCGAUGCCAUAACCAAAGCAAAUAAUUAUGUUUUCAGCAAAAUCAAUGAGGGUAAUAAUAAUAAUAAUAAUAAAAAUAAUGCAUAUGUUUGUGUAAUAAUGUAACUGGGCCAAUGUUCAUGUAGAGUAUAUAUACAUCACACAUUAGUAUUUCAUCUUUCACCAGUAUAAAUUGCAUCCUUGUCUUUCCUCUUUUCCUCACCAGCAGCUUGGCACCCUGAACAUGGCCCACUGAUAUAUGACAACAUUAUAAAGCCUUGCAAAACUCACAUCAGAGGAGUGUGGGCGUGAUAGCAAGCCGUGAGUCGUGCCGUGCCGUGCCGUGCCGUGAGUCGUGCCGUGCCGUGCCGUGCCGUGAGUCGUGCCGUGCCGUGUCGUGCCUCGUGCCGUGCCGUGCCGUGAGUCGUGCCGUGCCGUGCCGUGCUGUGUCCGCCUCUAAUGAUCAGUUCAGCCAACGCGUGCCACAAAUCCGCAUGCACUGGCCCAUUCAGAGGCGGCCGCUGUGUAUAUAUUUAAGACUCCUUCAGCAAGAAACAUUUACUCUCUUCUUGACACAAACUACAAUUUUGCUUAUUUUUAUCAAUUACCAUUUUCAUCUCUGUUCACUACACCUCAGCUAUGUGUGUGCAUGGUUUCGUAACAUUCAUUUAGACAGAGUUUUAUAGUAUAUAUAAUUCCAUUUUACUAACCAUACAACUCCUUCCUGCCAAUAUAUGAUAAAUAUGUUAAUAAUAAUAAAAUAGUAUGUAAUGUU